AAUGUUCCAACAGAUCUACUUUUUAGAAUUCCCCCUCUGUAGAAUUGCUUCAGGCUAGAUAUUGUUUCGUUUGCAUCCACUUCAUUUCUUUCAUAUAUUUCUUCACUAAUAGACGGAUCUUUUCUAUGUUUCAUUCUCUUCAUUGUUUCUUUCUCCGUGAUCCUCUGUAGCAGUAGAAAAGCUGCUUUCUCUACCUGCUUCUCAAUUCAUCGCGGCGUCUGUUGAAACUUUCCCAUGUGCAUUUUUCUUCUGUCUCCUUUCUUUUAAAAUAUUAUACCAUAAACACUUUACUCAAUCUAUCCAAUUAGUAUCUAACUCUACAGUCCUUACUCGUAGAAACCUCCACAACAAGAAAUCCCAAACUGAGCGAAUUUUUUUUUCCUUUUUAUGACAAAAUAAGAAAAAGAAAAUUUGUUAGUACACGUGCGUUUGCUCCUCUGGUUUGGAUUUUAUUUUAACCAACUUUAUCCUGGCGGACUCUACUACCAUCAAUUCACGCAAAAAUCACCACCUGACUGGAAAAAGUGAUUCGUCUAUUUCUUUGCUUUACUCUUUUUUUGAAGACUACAGACAUAAGAUAUAGUGCCUUAUUGGAAGCCUGCAUUCUCCAAUGGACACGGCAGAUUUGGAAAAGUAUUUGAAUCAGUAUGGAGUUUGGCCAAGAAUUUUUCGGGCACUGUUCAUUGCUCGCACUCAUGAAGCUUUCAGGUCGUUUUGCUCUCAAUAUGCACUCAAAGAGAUUAAAGCAAAAACUUACAACUUGGAGUUGUACACAUCUGUUUUUUCCGAAUUUUCAAACGACUUCCGCGAAGAACAAUUCGACUUGUCAUGGAUCGACAGUGUCACGUAUCAUCGAAAGCAAAACCUCGACCAUCUAACGAAAGAACUAAAAUCAUAUAAAAAUAAUUUAAUCAGAGAGUCAAUUCGGUCGGCACAGCUCGACUUGGCAUCUUUCUUUGCCGACUUGGGCCAGUUUGAAAGCGCUCUUCGUGCCUACGCAAAAGUCAGAGAAUACUGUACUAACGCUGGUCAAAUUGCCCACUUAUCGCUAGAGUUGAUGAGAGUGUCCAUCUGGAUGGAAAACUACUCUCACGUCCUUGCUUUUGGAUCUCGUGCCAAAUCAACCCUUACGGCUGCCGUGGAGCUCAAGAGCACUGUUUAUGCUUAUUGUGGAUUGGCACAUAUGUAUCUGGGAGAUUAUAAAUCUGCCUUACAGCACUUUAUACAAGUCGAACCUGAUUUCUCCGACAUCCUCUUGACAAAAACAGAUGUAUCUACUUAUGCUUCUCUUUGUGCUUUAGUAUGUUGGGACCAUAACGAACUUAUAGAACAACUGAAUGAAGACGAAAUAUUUAAUGCUUUAUCAGAUCUGAACCCCUCUUUACGAAAAUGUAUGUACUUUAUGGGACAGCGGAACUACAGCUCUUUAUUUGAAACUCUUCAAACCAGCUUUCCAGAAUAUGCAUUGGACAUGUACCUGGCUCCUCAUUUACUCACAUUUAUGUCUUUGGUCCGUGAACGUUCGUUGGUUGAUUAUUUAUUUCCCUAUAGCGCUAUUCCUAUGAAGAAAAUUGCCUCUGAUUUUCACGUUGACUUAUCCUUCAUUGAAGAUUUUCUACUACAGAUGGUGGAAGCGCAAAAACUAGAUGCCAAAAUUGAUUCUCUGAAUAAGUGUGUUUAUAUGGAAUCUUCAUUAGAAGGCGAGCGCUUUCAAGAAAUUCAAAACAUCGCUGAAAACACACACAUUUAUAGCAAAGCUAUUCAUUUACAGACUAUGAAUACUUUCAACAAAACCACGGACGAUGAAUCUACUACGCAUACUUAAUAUCUUCCUGUUGAUUGAGACAUAAUCGUUCUUCAUUUAUGCAUAACGCCAAACCUCCAUGAAAAAUCAAGUUUUCAUAAUAAAUUUCAUGACUAUCAUACUAUUGAAACUAAGUUGACGCCGAAGCGUUUUUGGUGCUUUGCUCAGUAGCUUUUUGUUGCAUGACAGAUUGAACAGCUACACAUAGAGUUUUCGUUAAUAAAUCGUUCCAUCAUAAAGAAAAAGGAAUCCUAUCUUACCUCGAAUCUGAGAAGACUUGGCUUCAACGGCACUGCUGAUGCUUUCAAUACUGUUUUUCAAAUAUUCGCACUUUCUUUGAUAGUACUCGAUCGCAUCAGGAGCUCUCUGAAAUCAACCAUUAGUCACGAAUUCAUCGUAUUUUCUUUACCUUCUCUACAAAGUAUCCUGUUCCAAUGUCAAUCAAUACUUUCCUGUUGCCCAGUUUUAGCUUGCCGGGCACAUAGAGACUAGUUGUAAGAGGAACGAGCAUAUCUCUCUCUGAUAUUUUGCUUGUUAGUAACAGGAUCAUAAAUGAAUCUUUUACCUUCAUUUUCCGCCUUUACUGUUUCCUUUAUGCUAUGAAGGCAACCAAGAAAUUUUACAUGUGCACGUCCUAAUUGAGCAUAUGAACUUGACAGGUAUUCCAGCUCAGUAUUAAGCUGCUUAAUAACCUCCGCUAAUUGCUCUAAACUAAGAGACGCUAGAUUAAUCGACUUUGAACCUUCUGCCAUAUUGAUCCUUUCAUGUUACUAAAAUUCCAAGUGCC